ACGCACACCUACACCAUGUCACUUGCACGCUGCGUCAGCGAUAAAGAGCGCCGAUUGGUCGCUUCACCGGUUGCUUCUCUGUUCGGUUCAAGACCUAAAGCGGCUGCGCGGUCCAGAAGACUGAAGGCUGAUCUGCAAUAUCUGCGGAGGAGGGGACUUCUGAAGGCGUCGGGUGAACUAUCGUACCAAGGACGUAAAUGCACCAGAUGCGGUGCACCGUUUGGUAGAUUUUACAACACCGGUGCACCGUGUACGCGGUGCAGGCACAGAGUUUGUAGGCAGUGCCGUAUCGAGGUCAGGAGCCCCACCGAUAACAAAGAAGUCGAAUGGAUCUGUAACGUUUGCUACAAGAUCGCAGAAUUGCACGUUGUAACCGAGAAAUGGACCUUCGAAAAUUCGGUAUGUAAAGGAUCUAUAAAUGGAAAAGCAGCGUCGCCCGUAGAAUUAUUGAAGCAUAGCAUCAGACGAGCUUGGACUAUUAAUGGUCCACCCACACGCUGGUCAGCGGCCAGGAAAUCGGCCGAGUUUCGAGUGUAUCGGAGUUUGCCGUCUCGUCAUCAAGAAUACCGAGAAAUCAUUACCAAGAGCGAAAUCGUAAAAUCGGCCGACAUCGAAACAUCGAAUAAUACGAAGGAACCAGUUAUCGACGAGGCAACCUUACAUACCGAGGACUGUAAUGAUUCUACGAAGGAGGAUCCAUGCAAAGAUGCGAUAACGAAGAGCGAAUCGAUCUCUGUUCACGAGAAAUUCACGCCACGAGUCGAGACGAACGAACGAACGAACCCGAAACGAGGGGAGAAAUCGUCCAAUAAACAGGAAGAGGAAGUGCCAUCGUUGGAUGCCAUAAAAACGAAGAGAAACGAGCGAUCCUCGUUGGCCAAUGGUAAUAAAACGAAAAUCGAAGAGCAGGAGCAGGAGGCCGGUAGCCAGGAGCAGUGCACGCCGAGGAUUUCUUUGAUAAAACCACCGAGGAUAUUGUCCAAGUUUAUUUCACCGGAGAUAAAAUCGGGUACGAUUAAGCAUGGGGAGAGAAAAUCGAAUAUACCGAUAUUUAAGAGAAGUUCCAAGGAGUUUGAGGAUAUUAGAAGCCCCCAAGAAUCACCUAAACGUUCUCUCAUACCUCAAAGAUAUCGAGGAAGUACCGAUGAUCUGCGUCGCAGCCGCGAGGAUAUAAGUUUGCCUAGCUUGAUCCCAAAACUGCUCUCUCCCCGUAUCAAGGAGGACCGAUUGAAGCGUCAGGACAGCAAAGACGAUAUCCGUUGCUCGUCCAAAUCGAUUAGAAAAGAUACGAAAGAGGAAUCUCGUGGAUCUAGCGUCCAAUCGAUAGGGAAGGAGGACUCCAAGUACGUUAUACGACUAUUCCGGCGGGACAACAGCCGCGAGGACGUGGGUAGGGAUAGUUUGAAUUCAAAUGCGAAUAGCUUGGCCUUAGCUGCAAAAGGAAAGCAAACUGGUAAAGAAGAGAAGCAGGAGAGGACGGAGGAACAACGCGUGGGCGUCUCGACCACGUCGAAAUCGAAAUCGACGGUGCACGAACAAGGAAAGACGAAGGCAAGAGAAGGUAGCAAGGAGAGCUUGGAUGGGAAGAGGAAUGACGAGGAAGGGCCAUGUGCGAGCCAGCAUGAGAGAGUGAAAGCGGAGGCCAAGGAACAGACGAUGCUCGACGUGGUCGUCAACGACGAGAAGAAGCUGGUGGAAGAGCAAGAGGGCGUGAAGAAAGGAGAUAAGGAGGAGAUACGUGGAUGUACGGAGGCGAGGAGAGAAGGAGAGUCGAUGGUCGAGGAGGCAGAAGUAUUCGAGAACGAUAAGAAUAAGGACUCUAUGAAGGAGACUAGUGAGAGUUUGAUAGAAAAUUCUGAACCUGAUUGCAAUGCGUUUGGGACGUUUGAGAGAAAGGAUAUUGGAAUACAUGGAAGGAGAUCCGACGAUUUUCAAGUGGUACGGAGGAAAUUUUCAAAAGAGGAGUUUUCUAAUCCUGAUGACACGGAUGACACUCCCAAUAAACGCUGUUCCAGUCAUUUAUCUCCGGAAGCGAGUCCACUGAGCACAAGAUCCUCGAGAUACAGCCCAAGGGAGAGCGAGAGCGAGCCAACCCCGGCACUUCCACGGAAAACAGGCGACUCGUGCUCGGCAUCCCAAAGAAUACGGGAUGCGAUCACGAGGACCAGAAGGGAAUCGAAUAGCAGUACUAGAUACGAGAGUAGCGGUAGCGAGAGUGUGAGAUUAAGUGAGACUGGUCUUCAUGGAUACGUAGAACUGGCUAGAAAAGUGAAAUUUUUCGGUGGUAACGGAAGUGGCACGGUUCCAUUAACGAUCGGAAGUGAUGAAGUAGUGCAACGCGAUAGCGCAACAAGUGCAGGUGAAGAUGAUCCUCACGAUGAUAAUCAUGGAAGAACAGGUCCUGUUUCUUCUCAAGGAAGAAGCAUGCUUCGUAGAAGAAGACAAUUUGACGCCCAAGGUUCCAGACGAAGAGGCCGAUCACACGCGAGGACCUGUUGUGCCGAGGAAUUGCAAGGUUUCCAAACGUUGCACGUGAUUGGCCGGGACGGAAGGCAGCACAGUCCUACCGGAAGUCAACAGGAGCAGCCGCUGGUCGACUACAGGCGGCUGGUGUUCAUCAGCUCGGAUUCGUUGGAGGAUUGCGACUGGGAUUAUUUCGAGAGUGGGUCUCUGCCGCUGCCUGCCGGAAUUCCGGUUGCCAUAAGCACGAACAACGUUGGCACGGAGACGACGAGCGCGGCUCAGGAUUGGAGCUGUUGUCCUGGACGCGGGUCCACUGCUUGUCAGGAAGCUUGGAUUUUGGAUGAAAGAAUCUAUUAUCAAUUUCGUCGUUGCAAGGUAGCUUGGAUAGUGGAUGACGAUAUUUAUUAUCUCUAUCAUCGUUUUAAGGCCUGUGGAGGUUCUCGAGGAGCAAACGUAUUACCAGUACCAGUACCAAUUCCAGUUCCAGUCCCAUAUCCGGUCCCAGUCCCGGCAUCUCUGUGGACCAGCGACUUUGCAGCAGCCGCAUCCUCCAUGAUAAGUCGCAGCGGCGAUGCCCACUCAGAGCCAGGAACACUGAGGUUGAGAGGCGACCCAGCUGCACCCUGGUUCGCCUGGCACCCACGAUUCAACCAACCCUUGCACGGUUCCAGACUCGAUCCAAGGUUGACCAACGUGUUCGACCCCGCUACCCUAGGUUCCUUCACGCCCGACCAAGUGUUGUACUCGACCAUCGAACCAUCCUCCAUACCGACCACCGAAGAGCUUCGUCAACGAAUGACCAACCUGCACAUCAAUCGAGACGAGAGCGACGAUGCUGCGAACACGAAAUCCGUGGAAACGAGGCAAGAGGCCGCUUUGCUGGAUGUUUCGAGCGAGUUGAAAGUUGUUGAUCAAUUAUCCACCGAUGUACAGAUAAAUAAGGAUAAAUUGGAGGAGUCGAAGAAGGGAGGAAGCGAUGACGAGACGAAAGAAGCGAAAGAGGAUGAGGAAACGAGCUGUCAAGAUUCUGUGAGCGUCUCUUUUGAGAACAGAAGGGGGCAAAGAAUGUACGAGGACUCUGGCAGUUCUUCUGGCCGAUCCUCGGCGGAUAGUAGCGACUUGGAGGACGAUUCCUCGUCCCACAGGUUCUCCAGGGUGUUCGUUGUGAACGACGAUUCACUCACGAGCGACAAUGACAUUGAAGAUAAUGGAGACGAGGACGAAGAUUCUGAUUCCGCUGCCGAGGACGGUAUCACUUUGAAGAGAGUCACGGCUCUUCCCGACGAAGAACCUGUGGUCCUCCAGUACGUUAGAUUCUUCAACGAGGACACGAAUUUUGAGAAUGCGAAUGGAGAAGAUUCGGAGAAGGAUAGAACGAGAUCCAGCUGCAAGGAUGACAGCUUGGAGAUGAAAGAUACGUCUGAACGAGAUGGGAAUGUUAAUGAGAAACGUAGAUCUCGAGGUAGAAGGCAUAAUUUAGAAAUAAGCGAUAAGAGGAUUUCUUUGUCGUUGCAGCAACGAGAGAUGCCCGAGGAAAUGUACAUAGCGAGUGACAACGAUUGUUCAGAGAGUCAGAUCGAGUUAAAAUCUAUAAAAAGUUUGGAUCCUGACAGCAUAGAACCUGUUAUAUUCGAUAAUUCCACCGAGAGCGUUGUAGAAAGGGUAGAGACAGUUAUGGAAGAAAAUAACCUAAAAAUCGUCGAGGUUCCCUUACAAGAUGAAACAGAAUCUAAUAAUGAAAAUAAUUUGGAUAAUCAAACGCAAUUGUCAUCCACCGAUACCUGGGACUCUAACAUAAUUCCAGACUCGUUGGAGGUCUCUGCACAGGAAAUCGUGAACGACAACGAGGAGAGUUCGAAGUUUCACUCAAGAAUCGAAAAUCACAUUAAUUCCGAGGAUAAUAACAAUCAUUUUGAAACAAUAAUCGGUAAUUCUAAAAUAAUCAAUGAUAAUCAUUCGUGCGCACCAACUGAUUCAAAUUUAAAUAUAACGGAAAAUUCUUUAGGAUGCGAGAGUUUCACCAGCAACGAAACGAACACGACAGGCAGCGAGAUAAGCAGCGACGAGCUUCACGAGUACGAGGUUACAUCGUCAAACGCCAUCUUUUUCGAAAACAAUGAUUUACUGUCACGAUUGAACAAAAGUAACGAAGAAAGGACAUCGUGGCUGAAUCAACAACAAAGCAACAACAAGAAUGCCAAUUACGAGGAAUCCGGCAUCGCGGCAUCGAACAGCGCGAGAUGGAGGGAGCAAUUAUUAUCGCAAGUCGAGGGAACAAUCGUUGAGCAACCUUUGGAGGUUAUCGAUACCGAGAUCGAUUCAUUACCAAUCGCCACGGAGGAUGAUCGAUCGAGUCGAACUGCAUCCAAAGAUGGCGCGACAGGAGACGACGACACAGAGUCAAAAUCAGACUCGAACGUGGGCAAGAUCGAAACAACGGUGGACAAGAUACAAGAAACGUUGAGCGCAGGUAAAGCGGAUAAUGCGCAUGACAGCACGGUGAGAGGCGAGUGUUCUGCCUCUGGUCAGGUAGUAGGAGAAGUGGGAGGUGGAGGUGGUGAAGGUGGUGGUAGUGGUGGUGGUAGUAGCGGCGUGGAAGAGGGGAUAGAAGGGGUUUCGACACGGUUUCUCUCAGUCGAGCGACGCCCGUCCAUUGGAAAGGAGAAUGGAUUCCCCGCUGCUGCGUCGACCAAGGAUUCUAACAUCAGAGACAACAGUUUUAUUCAUCAAUAUUCACCAACGACGGCCAACAACAGCAACAAGUACAGAAGCCUCGUGAUGAUCACCCAGGAAGCAUCGUACCAGCCGGUGAGCGUGAUCACCUCGGAUACGACAACCUUGUUGCAGCCGGAUGAAGUGCACCAGGCUAGCCAAGGCCUGGCUGGCUACUUCCAGCUGGCAUUGGAGGCCGUCUCGGAGCAACCGCAUCGCAAGAAUGGCCAGGGACCGAGGAAACCGUUGAUGGUGAAGCGUUUGGCCAGUGUGACUGCGAAUCAUUCGGAAACGGAGGUAGACAGCGGGCUGAGUGUUGGUAGUGCUAGUGAAAGCGACGAUGUUUCGGUGAAAAAUUCGGCGAAAAUUGGUAACAAAGUGGAGAGCAACGAGGAAAACGUUGGCAAAGAGCGUUUGGUUGGUAACGAGCAUCGUGAAGGCACAAGGACACGUGUCUCGUCGCAGUCCAGCGAUGAAAAUUCUGCUGGCGGUGGGGUGGUGAUCUUGGAGGAAGGCCUGGCUGACGAUGAUUCAUGGGUGGAAGAGGUUUCUCACGACGAGGAUGAGCCUGGAGCUACGACGGCCACCGAGGAAAGCUCUGAGGAUGAAGCCAAUAAUCUUGGGGAUAGGGAAGAGGAACUUCGUGGCUAUCAUAGACAGGCUAUCGACUUUACUUUGCACACCAUCGUGGAGGAAUCUUGCGAGGAGAGCGAAGCUGAGCCCAGUUUGGCCGCUGGCAGUCCAUCCAAGAAGCAGAGACCUCCGUCGGCCUCUGAACUGGAGAAGUACUUCUUCUUUGGCCUUGGUGGUGAUGGAAAUAAUUCAAGCAUGGGUUCACGCGAGGUGGACAGUCUUUCAGAGACUUCGUCCAUUUAUUCGGAGGGUUUGGAGUCACUUGGACAGGACGAGGCUCCAGGAAAUGGACAGAGUCAGGAGAGGUCGAAUUCUGGAGAGGGAUUUUUGAAUUCAUCCAGAUUGGAAAAAUACUUUUUGUCGGAAUUUCUAGGGUUCGAUCAAGACAGGAGAGAUUCGGAUGGUUCCGUAGGAAGUGAUUCUGAAGGAAGACCCAGUCCAGAGGCACAGAGAAGGAAGAAGCUGGUUCGCGCGAGAGGUACCGGUAGAUCGCACAGUUCUUCCUUGGAUAAUUUACUCGCCCUUACUCAAAGUUCGCAGAACUUGAGCUCGCAGAACUCUCUUCAGGAUUUGAGUUUGAAUCAGGAUGCGCAAGAGACGCAAUCAGAAGGCUCAUCCACGGAGACUGAUGGAGCAGAUGAUGGACAAACAGCGGCCUUUGGGACGGAUGGACAAUUUGACACUGUGAAACGGAAGAAGAAGAAGCCUAGAAAUCUAGGCACGCAGAGUCCACGUGUUCCUGACGAUAGGAAUAAAACUCCUGAGCCUAACAGAGAAAUGGUGUUGGUUGGAGAAGUAGUGAUGGAAAAUGAUGCAGAAGCUAUUAAUUCUGAGGACUCUGAACGAGCAAAAACACCUCAACCAGAAUGUAUUUUGUCUUCUUCUUCCUCUCCAUCCGGUACCGUCAAUGCUUCUUUAACUUCAACGUCGCUUGUCGAUUCUUCCAGGAAUGUACAAAUGAGUUCAGGAGAAUCUUUGAACUACAAUCAAAGGUCGAAACAGCAGUCAAGAGAUUCUGGAUUUGUAGGCAGUUGUGACGAUCUUCUGCAACAUCAGAAAUUACCAGAGGAUGGCCAACCUGGUUCCGAAAUCAGUCAAGAGAGUGGAAAAGAUCGUUCCAAUAACGAAACUGGUGAGAAUGUUCAAGAUGCGAAUCAAAUUUCCAAUGAAGGUAUCUCUGGAAUCGAGAAAGGAAACGUGGUUAAGGUAGAUCAUCAUUUAAGUCACACUGCGCUGCCUCACUUGCCAAACGCUUCUCUCUCGAGGAAGGAUAGCUUCAACAAUUGGUCCAGUGACGAGGAAACGAACUUGAUGAUGUCCAAGAUGAGACAAUUCUUCAAAACCAUGGUGGCCAAUUCGAAUGGGCAAAAUCAGAACACAACUAAUGCAAAUUCAAGCGCAGCUUCACCUGCACCCAGCCCUAGAUUAGCGGGCUAUGCAUCAAAAGCCAGAUUAUGUUCACAAAACCGUACAAAGCCACCUCAACUGGUAUAUUUUGAAAACGAAUUGACUAGAUUAAUGAAAACAGUACCAGGGAUUCGAGACGAACAAGUAAGAGAAAUAGUCGAAUACCUUAGCUCUGAAGACACGUGGUCAGAUUCAUAUGAUAGUUCUGAUUACACUAGCUCCGACUUGGAAGGAGCAGCAGGUGGUCGCAGAUCAGCUUUACAGGAACAGAUCUCGCAGAGUUGUCAACAAAUUAUCAGCAAAUUUGACACGACGUCGGGUGACAAUCUAUUAGACAAAGAGAGAGAAGAUAAAACUGUGCCAACUCCUGGAAUUCAGCCACCCUGUUUAGGCAGAGAUACUGCGUUUGUGUAUCAGAAAUUAGUUCAGAGUUUCACAAAGAUGGCAGGUGAUGGAGUUAGUUCUGAUGCCAAUUCGACACCGCACAGUAGUCCACCAUUGAUAGCUAAAGUGAUGCAUCAUAUAGGUAGUAGAUUGGUUGCUUUAAUGCAUGAAGUCUCUGAAGGUGGGCCAAGUGUGCAGCAUCACUCCACUAGUUGGAGACGUUAUUCUCAACAUCACAGAACACCUUCCUCAGCUUCUACCACUGAAGAUGAUGAUUCCACUUCAGAUUCUACUAAUGCACCUUCGUCGACGCAUUUGCAGUUACCCAGAUCAAAAUCUCAUGAUCCUUUAUUGUUGAUUAAUAGUCAUCCAGCAGCUUCCACUGGACAAGAGGGAGAGGAACGAGAAGCUAGUGAUUAUGAGAGGUUCUCUUGGAGAGGCAGCUUUGAAUCAGCGCUAAUGGCUGCUGAUUCUAGGACGAAAUUAAGCCUUUUGGCUUGUUCUGGAGAUAGUGUCGGUGCUAGUGCUAGUGCUAAUGCCUUAGCAAUGGCAGCUAAGAGAAGAAGUGCUGGAGAUUUGUUGUUCAAUCCUAAAAGCUUUUCAAGAGAACAAUUGGACAGAGUUAGGAGCUGUGGUUCCAUUGGGGGUGGAAGUGGUGGUGCUGCCAGUGCUGGAUCAGUGGAAGAAAGAAUCUGGAGUAAUAGAAGAAGAUCAUCUGUUCCUGAUGCUAACACAAGAGGGGAAUCUGAUACGUCUACAGGUGACGAGGACACCGAAGACGAGCUCGAGUAUAGUGGUGAAUCUCGAGCAACGACUCUUCCACGCGGAAUGCAAUCUGCCAUCACUGCUGCUACCAAUUCUUUACCACGUUUACCAGCGUCCACCGCACCUUCCGGUUUAACGACGACGUCAACCACGCCAUCAACGACAAUGCACAAAGCGCACAGUGUCUAUCAUUUUUUGCCUCAACAUUCUGGCGUGAAAUCGGCCAGAUACCGUCCUCCAGGAUUCGCGAGGAACAGCAAUGUUCCUGGUGUAUUGGGAGGACCAAAACGUGCGGUCAGUGCUCCGGGACUCCAGGUCUCAGGAUCUCAGUCUUCCAAUGGAAAACGGGACAAUUCGAGGUCGAGAAGGCAGCAGACUAUGUCUCUCACGCCUGACGAUGGAAGCAGCUUGUCGGAAGCGUGCAGCACUCCGAUCAUCGGCGCAGGAUCACGAGCAGGCUCUAGUCACACGGUGAUCGACGUGGAUGACAUGGAUUCUGGAUUGCAUUCUGGACACCUUGCCACUCGGGCAUCCUUGUCCAGUCUUGGAGCACGUUCAGAUUCGAUGGCGUCGGUUUAUAGCGGUGCUGGUGAGGGACGGUGCUGUCGCUCGGUGGUCGUCACCGGAGAAGUCGAAUUCGCGUUGCAAUAUGAUUAUAAACAUCUAACGUUCGAAGUGCACGUAACGAAAUGCAAAAAUCUAGCACCCGUUGACGUAAAACGCAAACGUUCAGAUCCUUAUUGCCAAUUUGUAGGAGCUUUCAACACAUACGUGAAAGUGUAUUUAUUACCUGACAAAUCAAAGAGCGGGAAACGAAAGACAAAAGUGAAGAAGCACACACUGAAUCCUGAAUUUAACGAGACAUUGAAGUUCCAUAUGAGUCUGAGCGGCCUAGAGACCAGAACAUUAUGGCUGACUGUUUGGCAUUCAGACAUGUUUGGACGCAACGAUUUCCUCGGCGAGGUUCGAAUGCCCUUGGAGAACAAAAUCUUCGAUGAUCCUACGCCCAAAUGGUAUCCUCUUCAAGAACGAACAGAACCGUUCGAUGACCCUGUUGCAUACAAAGGCGAGGUGAUCGUCGGUUUGAAGUUCGUGCCACCGGAUCCUACGCAACAGGAACGUGAUCGAGAAGCAGGAUCAGAACGUGGUACCUCUAAGUCUAAGAAGAAUAUGAGCCGUGGCGCGUUACACGUGCUCGUAAAGGAAGCUAGAAAUUUGCAAACCAGGGCAAAGAAUUCAGGAACGUGUGAUCCAUUCUGUAAAAGUUACUUAUUACCUGACAAGGGUCGAUCAGGAAAACAAAAGACUGGAGUAGUUCGCAGAUCAGGUGGUUCACCAGUAUGGGGUCACACUUUCAUUUACAAAGAUGUGAGUCUUCAAGAAUUAGCAGAACGUGGACUGGAAUUAACAGUCUGGGAUCACGAUCGUAUUGCCAGCAACGAAUUUUUAGGAGGUGUUCGAUUUAAUCUUGGUACAGGAAAACAUUAUGGAAAACCAGUAGAUUGGAUGGACGCAACCGGUCGAGAAUUAUCCCUUUGGCAAAGCAUGCUUGAGAGGCCGAAUUUCUGGGUGGAGGGUGCCGUGACUUUGAGGCCAAAUUUGCAUAAUCAUGGGAAAAACAGCAACACCUAAUCAUUAUGUAUCGUCUCAGUGAUUUCUUUUGUACUUAAAUGACACUCGAGUGUUCACUCGUGGACCUUGUUAGUUCCAUCUCAAAGAAGCUCGUUACGCUUCGGCCUAGUUUAACUUCAAACGCAAAUAUGUAUUAUGUGUCAGUGUAAGCGGACCACAUUCGUCUAAUAAUUUCGAAAUGCAACUUUCGAAAAAAAAAAAAAAAAAAA